GACCCUACCCGAAAACUAGGUCCUGAGUCGAAUUUAAUAGAAUGGAUAGAGUUUAGGUAUAGAAUAUUUUUUUUUAAUUUUCUUUAGGUCCAAGUCUGAACAGAGUAUUACCCUAUCCAUUGAUAAACCUAAAUGCAACCAAGAUUCUUGAAUCAUUUUCCGACAAUAUAGAAUUUGGAAUGCUUUAAAAAUUCAACUUUUUUUUUUGUUUUUCAUUUUUGAAAAAAUAUGUGUAAUAAAAGGGAGAGAAAAUAUGUCGGUAUGACCAUGUAUAUAUGACUGCUGCAUUAAUAACACAAAACUUGGGUUUUCAUUACAAUCGAUAAAAUGAGAAAUUUCAACAUAGGGUGGCAGAAUUAUUGCCUUUUGACUAAACUUUUCUUAAUAUUCAUUUAGACUGCGGUGUGCGAGAAAUUCGAUGAAGAUUUAUUGAUUUGAUGAUGAUUUUGAAUUGGGUUAUUAUUAUGAGAAUAGUUGCUAAUUUAAGCACAUGGGGAAAUUACAUAAUUGUAUACUAUAAAAUCUGAGAGCAACCUCGGAAGGUUGUAACCUGGUGACGUGCACGUAAUGGGGGAGUUUAAAGUAACAACUGCUGAUUACCGUCACCUGGUCCGAUUCUUUCAAGAUUCUUGGAAUGAGGGGUUUUCAAGAUUUUGUAAAGAGGUUGCUGUAAUGAUCUUUAAUCUCAAGAAAACGAAAAACUAGUGCUGACCGAAUACUUUACCUACUUGUGUCGCGGACUGCUUUUGAGUUUACGCCGCGCCGGUGGUUAUGAUCUCUGAUCCCCGGAGAGGACUUCCCGCCGCCGCUAUGGAGAGAUUUUCCGUUUUCUCUGACAGGUUUGUAUGCGACCCUUUUGCGCUUCUCGUGCUUUCUCGUAUUUAAAGUCGAGAGAACCUUGCAAGAAACAUUGUUAGUAUAACAAGAAUUGGAUGUAGUUACAACGCCAAGAAUGUUUUGGAGUUCUGAUGGCGUCUUUCAUCAUGCACUUUGGAAAUAGGGUUUUGGAGUUUUACCUUUUUUUUUUUUUUUUUUCCUUUUUUGCAUGAUUUUAUCUGCCGACUGAUGUGCAGAAAUUCCAAGAAUGUACUCCAAUGGCGGAGUUCACAAUGUCGAAAUCCGGGGCUUUGGUCUUUCGUUUCUUGUUUUGUCUGCCUCAAGUCCUCCGUCCCCUCCAACGAACACACCUAUACACAUAUACGUGUGGGAUACUUUUUUCUCUCCAUUUAGGGCUAAUUUUGGAGGCUUCUCAUUGCGGCCGAGAUGAAGUCCACCACCACCGCUAGUUCAGUCGCUUCGAAUCAACAGGAAACAUAUACUCGUACUCGUGAUGACCCAUUUUUUGAUGGGAUGCGAAGAGGUGAAGCAGCUGUCGUGAACAAGGGUAGUGCCUUUGACUUUCAAGGAAAAUUGUCUAAGAAUAAUAUUAAUAGACCAUCCUCAGACAUUGGAGACCCGGGAUCCAAAAAUAUCAGUAUUACUGUAACUGAAGAUGUCAUUUACAGUCCAAAAAACUCGCCCUCAGACAUUGUUCUUGAACCUAUUGGCCGGUCAUUAUCUGGGAGAUGGUCAAAGACUUCCUCACCUCUAGCACUUCUUGAGUCAGAUUUGAGUAACUUCCAUGAUAUGAAUGAACCAUCAACUGUUUCUGCUCCAGAUGGCUCGGAAUCAAAGGAACAGUCCACUACACAAAGUGGCACUGCCAGGCCUGCAAUCCAAUCAUAUAGUAUGAGCAAGAGACAGACUGAUAUUUCCAAUGUCCAUCUUCCUCAUUCAGCAGCAUUAUUUUAUUGUGGGUCUUCUCCACAAAUGGAAGUCGUUGAAUCCUGUGGAAGUAUUUACAAGCUAAAUGUGUACCUGAAAGCUAGGAGGGCUGAUGUGAAUGCUGGUGUUCCUGGAAGGUUCCUGCGUGCUGUAAUUGGGCCAGAUAUUGCAGAUGUGGGGUCUGUGGUUUCGACCAUUAUGUAUGCUUUUUAUCUUGAUGAGACCCUUGGGAGCAACGAAUUCUGUACUGUGCCAGUCAUCAACAUGAAGAGGGCUGAUUUAGGGUUGCAUGCUGAUCUUCAAUGGCUGAUUUUCUCAUGCCAUAUUGAUCUGUCAUCCUUAAUUUUUGUUGACGAGAUUGACUUUUCCUAUUACGAUUUGUUUGGAAGUCUCAAACUAGUUUUACUCAAUUGUGAUAAGAUUCCAUCUGAACAAGAGGCACUGAGAGAGGCAAUAGUUGAAGUCUUUCACUGCACAAAGUCUGAUAAUUCAUAUCCUUGGGUUGAUUCUAUAACUGUGCGACAGGAUGUGUCAUGCUGUACUGUUAUUGCUGAAAAAUUUGCAAUGCAUUCACCUGUGAUAUUGGCUGGACAAGGAUUUAGUAGACUUCUGUUAGCAGGCAUCCUUCUGGAUACUGAAAACCUCUCAAGAUCACAAUGUACAUCCAAAGAUAAAUACAUGGCCACAUUGUUAAUUAAUGGAGCUGGUCGAUUUGGAUGCAAUGGGCUUUACCAAAUCUUGAAGCACAAAACCUCUGGUUCAUCUGACCUUACAGUGGAAGAAAUUUUGCGGAAGGAGUUCAAGAAAUGGACCAGAUCAGGUAAACCAAAUACAAGCAGUUCAAGACUGCUGGCACCGAAUGUUGGGAUGAGUUCAAUUGGGAUGUCAGUUGCGCAGCUACUCUCUUACAAUUCCACUACGAUUCAAGAAAUAAUACACUUUCAAAAAUUGGAAAAACUUGGCCUACUGCUGGUUGUUUCUGGCUAUUAUGAUUCUCAGAAGAAAUUCAAGAGGGAAGUUCUUUUAUCUGCUGGAUCUGCUGAAGUUAUGAAAAGUCUGCUACUGUUCCUCAAUUCAAAUGCAGCUCUACUGCCACUGAAAGCUCUAGACCAACCAGGUCUGGAACAUGAGAUGAGAGUGUUCGAAAUCGACAAAGUAACGUCACGGAGGACUAUCGAGCGGCUACUGGAAGAAUUUCUUCCUCAUCUUAACAACUCAUUGUGAGGCUGUGACCCACAUGCCCACCUCCAUUAUUGCAAUAUGCAUUUAUGCAUAAACAAAAAUUCUCCCAUCCCCUCAUUGCUUAAACUAUUUGUUUAAGCUAUACACAUUUAUUUGUUAUCUUACUCCUAUUUCAAAUAAAUGUAAGUGUCUAUAUUUCCCAAAUCUAAGGUAAAAUAUAGAAAAUGAGGCCGGGCUUU